GAGUAGUCGUAGACUCGUACUUGUUUAGAGCACAGGUCAUCUCACUCUCAGCAAAUAGAACUUCAAGGUUUGAUGAACAACCCCUGAUUACCAGAAAAAGAGAGCUGAUAAAGCUGCAGCAGACAGUUCCUUAAAGGAUCGUGCAGUCCACAAGCAUACAUCACUACUAACAGAAACUGAAAGAGGUACAAGUCUAUGAGAUGUAUCAUCAUCAACAGCAGCUCCAGAGCCACGGCCAACUCUUGGCUUCUAGGCAGACUUUCCCUUCAGAGAGGCACUUGCUUCUGCAAGGAGGAAUUAUUCCAGGAGAGUCAGGGCUUAUACUCUCAACUGAUGCUAAGCCCAGGUUAAAAUGGACUCCUGAGCUACAUGAUCGUUUCGUGGAGGCAGUAAAUCAACUCGGAGGACCAGAUAAAGCCACCCCAAAAACUAUUAUGCGGCUCAUGGGUGUCCCUGGACUAACAUUAUAUCAUCUUAAGAGCCAUCUCCAGAAAUACAGACUAAGCAAAAAUCUCCAUGCUCAAGCCAAUGUCGGAAAUUCAAGAACUGCCGUAGGAUGCACCGUAGCAACAGAGAAACAAUCUGAAGGAAAUGGAUCACCAGUCGGCCACCACCUUAAUACGCAGACAAACAAAUCAAUGCACAUAAGUGAAGCCCUACAGAUGCAAAUUGAAGUGCAGCGACGGCUACAUGAACAACUAGAGGUGCAAAGACACCUGCAACUCCGGAUUGAAGCACAAGGGAAGUACCUACAAUCAGUGUUGGAAAAGGCACACGAGACACUUGCAAAGCAGAAUACAGGCUCGGGCGGUCUAGAAACUGCAAAGAUGCAACUAUCAGAAUUGGUCUCAAAAGUAUCAACAGAAUGCUUCCAUAAUGCUUUUACAAGCCUUGGGGACAAUGAUGGAUCAGUAAUGCUACGAAGACACACCAUGCAACUUGCUGAUGGAUCAGUUGACAGCUGCUUAACUGCAUGUGAGGGCUCACAAAGGGAUCAAGAUAUCCUGUCAAUUAGCCUUUCUGCUCAAAAAGGAAAGGAGAUUGGAGGCAUGGCAUUCGAUCUGCAAAUGAAAGAAAGAGGACACGAGGAUUUAUUUCUCAACAAGCUAAGCAACAGGCCUCCAAACCACCAAGAAGGGCGCGAGAGGAGAGACAGCUUGAGCAUGACAUACCAGGCAACAAAACUGGAUUUAAACAUGAAUGACACGAAUGAUGGAACUCAGAAUGGUAAGAAAUUCGAUUUGAAUGGGUUCAGCUGGAGCUAGGAAACACACAAGAUUGCCAAUUCCAUAGCAGUGAGAUUAUGUGAAACAUAAUGGUUCUUCCAUUGACAUGCAUCCCACUGGAAGACCUGGAGUGAUGGAAAUUGACAAUAAGAUGCUUCUUGCAAGCCACAGAAGUAGGCCGUGUAGAUUCCAGAGAAAGUAUUCGAGAACUAUGUGUGUUCUCCUUUAUUAUAUGCUUUGAUGUGAUUCUGUACAAUAGAAAUGCCACGAAUUUUGUUGCAA